AUGACGCAGAGUUCUAGGACUAUGCCUACGUCAAUGGGAUAUCUCGACAAGCACCUUCCAGGAUUGCCGGACAUCACCUUCGAGAUGGAGGAAGAGGGUAGCGGACUCCUGCGAACCGGCGUUGUUUCACAAGGCGACCCUGCAAGCACAGUGUCGACCCCACGAUCGCGCAUUCCGCAAUUUCGCCAGUCAAGAAGGUGGGCAAGAAGGCACGGCUGGGCAGAACCACCGACACCUCCGCCGCAUCCCCUUCGUGCCAAAGACUCGUUCUUGGACGACCAUCUCACAGCAGAUGAGGUUAGAGGCAAGCAGCUCUCCAAGCGCGAGAAGUCCUUUGAGCAGCAACGCGCUCUCCCGAAACAGACUCACCUUCAGCGCCCUAACCCUGUCGAGGAGGCCAAGCGACCGAACAACGACAGAAGCAUCACUGAAAGCAGUCUAGACUCUCUGCACAACGGUGCGGUCUGGGCUCGCACUGCUGAGUGUUGGCGCUUCGUGAAACCAACCGUGAGCCGGCUGCCUCGCCCCAGGAGGCAAGUGUGGCCGCGCAAACGCUCCAUGAACAAGAAGGCCACAUCUACAAAACGGCGGGACGCCGGGCGGGGCUCGGCAGCCAUCAUUUCAUUGCCGGCUGGAAUUCGCACGCACAUCGCAAACACCGGCCGGCAACGCGACGCCGCUGUCAGCAAGCGAGUCACGUCGAGUCCAGCUCAUCGGAGGUCCCUGUCCGUUCUCAAAGGGCGGAGCUACCGCCAGAACGACGGUGCGCGAGGCAAUCUUACGAUCUCGCUCAUCCCUUCGCUUCAUGAUCCCUUGAAAGACAGAUCAUUUUCAGAUGAAUGUAGGGAGAUGCUGAGAAGUUUUGGCUCCAACAGCGACUGGUUGCUGGCAUCGCGAAGGAGCCUUCUUUGCGAGGGUUGGGACUUGAUGACACCUGGAAGGGCAGUGAAGCGCGUCUCAUUGCAGUCUCAACAUCGCCGUCCACGCUCGCAGCAAGAGACAAAGAACGGCAAUGAAAGCGUCAUUGCUGGACCGGCCCGUUCCUCCGUCAUUUUGCACCACACAGGGCCUAUUGCGAAGCCGUCGAGUGCAACUCUCGACGGUUUGACGAGCUUGCAAGGCACAGAUCAAACCACGUCAGCCUGGUCAAUCUCGCAUAGCCCCAGAAGGAAUGCCCGUGUAGGGUCGGACGCUCAGAAGCUACAAAAUCAGCAGCAGGAAAGCGUUGCGCCUCCUCUACGCUUACGUCCUGCGAGGUCGAUAAUGAGCAUCGACACCCUUGCAGGCAUUGAGGCUCAAGUGCACGGUGAUUUGCAAGCCAAAAUUGACUCGGCUCCACCAAAAACCUCAAUGGAAAGCUCUGUCAGCACUACGGUCCACAGAUACAGGGGUCCUCCACCCAACAUACCCCUACCUGCACUACCACCGGAAGCCCUAGACCAGCAGAGUACCGGGACGAGGAGUUCCGGAGACGAGGCAAGCCUAAUGCUUCGCCGUGAGAGCUCUGCAACUUCUGUCGAGUUUACACGUCGCACCCUCAGUGGGCCUCGUGCUGAAAAGGUGCGGGCACGAAGAAUGCGUGACCUUGCCGAUUCACGCAGUCACUCAGAGAAGUCCAGCAUCCACACUGAGCAGGAUACUGCCUCAAAGCCAAUGCCUGCCAACAACAUCUCGGAUGAGCUUGAUCGAUUUCCUGCUGUUCCGGAUUCAUGCUCCGCCAGCAUUGGUAGUAUAUCUGUGCGGUCGGCUCCUAGUCAUCAUCAGAGUACACGUAAGAGACCUAUCCAUCAGGUUCGUCGGAUGUCGACAUCCAGCUCCGCUGCCCUUCCUUCGAAGCCCCCUUGUCAGAUUCUCAGCCAGAGCAACAUUUUCGUGGUCGUCGACUCCAAUCCAGUCACAGCAUCUUUUCGGGCCGGUGCAAUGAGUCCCGCUCCAAGCAUUGGAGGUCGAGGUCGCAGCCCCGAGCGGAACACGCUCCAAUAUGUGCAGAAACCCUCCAAGCUGAAGGAUCCCCUCGUCCACAAACAGGGCCCGCCGGAAAGCCCAAUGGCCGAAACGACUCCACGCGGUUCUCAAGCGCAGCAGUCUCUCACUCCCGGACGGCGGCCAGGAUCACGCUCAAGCGGAAACAACAAGCGACCGGCCACAAGCGACAGCAGGCACCAACACAGUUCCAGUGACGAGCAUUCCCAGACAAACAAAGACCCGGCCUCGUCGCGCAAAGCACCUAAGAAGUCCACGAAAAGACGGAGAUGGAACAGCGACGACAUCAACCUGAUCAUGCUGCUCAACCACGACCUCGAGGCGUUUUAUACGAAAAUUCGAGACCAAGAAGAGAUUGUCCGCAAGCAAGAGGAGAAGAUCAAGUGGCAAGCGCACCAGAUUCAGAUGAUGUCUCGAGUGUUUGCGCCAAUGGACCGUUCCCGAAGUGAAAGGGCGACCUCGCUCCUUGCAGAUUCCCCCAAGCUGCCACCAAUGGCAGGGGAGACCCACCAUCUCCACGGCGUCGACAGAAACUCCUGGUCUGGAUCGAGAGACUGGCAACAGCCGGAUAUUGUCAUUCAAUCACCGUUGAGCAUCAUUGAAGAGCAGUCGCUCAACAGCCGCAGCCAGAGAAAGCCACUGGGACAGGCCGUUCCGAGCAGAAUCACGGCAUUGCCUGAGUUGAACGAUGAGAGUGCCCCAGGUGUUCCAAAAGCCACUGUGAUGCAUGAAUCUCCCGUCAGGAGCCACAACACCACGGCGAUACCACGGUAUUACAGAUCAUGA